UGUAACAGAGCGUGAGGGCUUACAUUAGCUGCUGGUUAGCAUCCUGUCAUUGGGAUCAGGGAAGGGCCUUUGUUUAACGCCGGGUGCUGCGGACUCUAAACACCAGCUUCCUGAUUUAACUUGACGCAUCCUUGGUUUUUGCGAGCGAGGAGUAACGCAGCCAAGGGAGGCUUACGGAUGGUUCCGUUCGCUACAUUUGCGGCGGGUGUUAAAUGAAGAUGGGACAAUGAAGGAUUCUGUGACUACAUAGAGGAAAAGACUCCCAUCUAUUACACAUUUCAAGAAUUCAUAAGAGCUUUAAGGACGUCAGUGAGUGGUACAUCCGAGCCAGUGAUGUCACGGGUUCCCACCCCUCCUCCUCCUGGGGAGAUGUCAAGUGGACCUGUGGCAGAGAGCUGGUGUUACACACAGGUCAAAGUAGUGAAGUUUUCCUACAUGUGGACCAUAAACAACUUUAGUUUUUGCCGAGAAGAAAUGGGAGAGGUGUUGAAGAGCUCAACCUUCUCUUCUGGCCCUAAUGACAAAAUGAAAUGGUGUCUGCGAGUCAAUCCAAAGGGACUUGACGACGAAAGCAAAGAUUAUCUAUCACUGUAUUUACUUCUUGUUAGUUGUCCAAAAAGUGAAGUCAGAGCAAAGUUUAAGUUUUCUUUGUUGAAUGCUAAAAGAGAGGAAACAAAAGCAAUGGAGAGCCAAAGAGCGUAUAGAUUUGUCCAGGGCAAAGACUGGGGCUUCAAAAAAUUUAUUAGGAGAGAUUUCCUCCUGGAUGAGGCUAAUGGUCUCUUACCAGAUGACAAGCUCACACUUUUCUGUGAGGUAAGCGUCGUCCAGGACUCUGUCAACAUUUCGGGUCAGUCCAACAUGAACAUGCUGAAAGUACCAGAGUGUCAGCUGUCUGACGACCUCGGGAACCUGUGGGAGUGUUCACGCUUCACGGACUGCAGCCUCUAUGUGGGAGGCCAAGAGUUCAAAGCCCACAAAUCCAUCCUCGCAGCGAGGUCCCCAGUCUUUAAUGCAAUGUUUGAACAUGAAAUGGAGGAAAGUAAAAAGAAUCGCGUUGACAUCAGUGAUGUGGAUCCAGAUGUCUUUAGGGAAAUGAUGGGCUUCAUUUAUACAGGGAAGGCACCAAACUUGGAAAAGAUGGCAGACAAUUUGCUGGCAGCUGCUGAUAAAUAUGCUCUGGAGCGUUUAAAGGUCAUGUGUGAGGAGGCCCUGUGCAACAGCCUUUCAGUGGAGAAUGUGGCCGACACCCUCAUCCUGGCUGACUUGCACAGUGCCGAGCAACUCAAAGCACAAGCCAUAGAUUUUAUCAACAGGUGCAGUGUCCUGAGACAGCUGGGCUGUAAAGAUGGAAAGAACUGGAAUAGCAAUCACGCCACAGACAUAAUGGAGACCGCAGGCUGGAAGUCAAUGAUCCAGUCCCAUCCUCACUUGGUAGCCGAAGCCUUCCGCGCCCUGGCCUCAGCGCAGUGCCCGCCCUUCGGUCCGCCGAGGAAGCGCCUAAAACAGUCCUGACUGCCCGACUUUAUUUCCGGACUAUAAAGGAGGGUGUGAAGCAUGGGGGGGGGAUUUUUACAAAGAAAGGACUUGUGAGUGUGCCACUCUUUUAUUUCCACCAAAACUGAACACACUUGAAUAAAGAAGAGUGGAGCUUUCUGACCAGAGACAUGGGGGAGGCGGGGCGGGGCGGGGCGGGUGGGGGAGGCUGGCACUUGGAAGUCUGACAACUGUGGAUUGGAAAACAAUUGAUUCAAUCGGUGUUGCUUGCUUGCUUUGCUGUCCCGUCUGAACUCCGUUUAGCGCGGGGAGCAAGCGAACUUCUCUUCUACAUCUUUUUUUUUUUUUUUUUUUUUUUUCCUGUAAUUUUCAAAAAUGGCCUUAAUAUAUCUGCCAUUGCUCUGGAGCUGCUCUAGAGCGCGUCGUCUAUUUUACUCCGUGCCUGCCUUGUCACAAAGACCAGGCCUCCUCCAGGUUGCACUAGUUCCCUUGUAUAGUCAUUUUGAUAUGGAGUUCUAUAGGAACGUAACAAAGGUUUAACUAAAUGGGAAAUAUUAUAUAUUUGUAAUGUUUAGCCCGUUUUGUGACUAGACAUUAAAAAGCAUGAACACUCAGUGCAAGGUCAGUUCUUUACACUUUUUGAAAAUAUGCGUAUGCCCCAUAUUGAUGGCACCAUUUCUAUGUAAAUGACAAUUGAACCAUCUUUAGAAGACCAAUGUACAAGAUAGUGUGUUCUAUUGUGUAUUUGUCGGGGGAUUGGUGGGGGGGGAGGGAAGGGGGGGGUAGUAAUCUGCCAUUAUGAAGACAAGUGUCAAUCCAUGUAAGGUGGAGAAGUGUCUGUUUGGCCCAAGUAUACCCAACCAUUGGAAGUUUAUGGAACUAUGUUCUCCGUCUCCCAUUCAAAUGACAUAUUCCAGACCAUACAUCUGUGAACUCUUACUAAAGAAAAAAAAAGAGAAAAAGAAAGAAAAGAUGAAAAUUUGUUCCUUUUUAGUAUCGCCAACUUGCAAAUAUAUAUCCUCAGUAUAUUGUGAUGAACUAAAAGUGGAGAGACUAAUGCAUGGUUGUUUUACUGUCAAAAGAAAGUGUCAAAAAUUCCAGCUUCAGUUUAUUUUUAUUUUUAUUUUUUUAACAACUUAUUUUCCUGAAAUUAUCCGACAUCUGUGCAGAACGACAUGAAUUGAGUACGUGCAAAAGGUUCCUCUGACGUGCUUGGAUAUCUGUAGGAUGCUGAGCAUCACUUCAGCUGCCGACGUUAUUCUGUGUUUCAAUGGGAGGGGUGGGGAGUGUGGGGUGGGGGGGGGUAGGGGGGGGGGUAUUGUCAUGGUUAUUCAGUCCGUCUUGUAUGUAGUGUGGUGUGACAGACACUUCGGAGGAUUUUGUAAAGUGAGAGUAGCAUCAUUUUUCUAUGAUAUUACUCGUCAAUCAGCGUCACAUUGAAACUUAGGAGAAAAAAAAAAUUAUGAAGUUGUUGUCUGCAAGAAUGCCUGCAUUAACCCAUUAAAACAUUUUCCAACCGUC